AUGUAUCUCUCCUCUCCCUGCAAGCUUGGCUUUUCCUCUUCUCCUUCUUCUUCUUCUUCUUCUUCUUCUUCUGUAGCAGGUUUAAUCUCUUUCACUCUCGCUUUUGAGGGAACUAAAGAAAGAAUUAAGAAGUUGUUUGAUAAGGUUGAACUUUCUGUUUCUGCAUAUGACACUGCUUGGGUAGCAAUGGUACCAUCUCCAAAUUCCUCAGAGGUCCCUUGUUUCCCUGAGUGUGUAAAUUGGUUACUUGAAAAUCAACAUCCUGACGGAUCUUGGGGUCUUAAUCAUCAUCAUCCCUUGCUAAUUAAGGAUGCUCUAUCGUCGACACUUGCAUCUAUCCUAGCACUAAAACGAUGGAAAAUUGGUGACAAACAGAUGAAUAAUGGUCUUCAGUUUAUUGAAAAGAAUUUUUCUUCAGUUACUGAUGAGAAGCAACAUACACCAGUUGGAUUCGAUAUAAUAUUUCCAGGGAUGAUUGAAUAUGCUAAAGAUUUGAGUCUGAAUCUCCCUUUGAGAUCGAGAGAUAUAGAUGCUAUGCUUCAUAGAAGAGAUAUGGAGCUUCUAAGUGGAUAUGGAAGCAAACUGAAGGGACGAAAAGCCUACUUAGCUUAUGUUUCAGAGGGGAUGCAGAAGAUUCAUGACUGGAAAGAGGUCAUGGAUUAUCAGAGAAAAAAUGGAUCAAUCUUCAAUUCACCAUCAACCACAGCAGCUGCUCUUAUGAAGCUUGGCAAUGCCCGUUGUCUUCAUUACCUCCAGUCACUCGUACAGAAGUUUGGGAAUGCAGUUCCCACAGUUUAUCCUCUGGAUAUGUAUACUCGUCUUUCUACAGUUGACAGUCUUGUUAGUUUUGGAAUUGAUCGACAUUUCCGGGAUGAAAUUAGAAGCGUAUUAGAUGGAACAUACAGAUGCUGGCUGCAGGGAGAGGAGGAAGUAUUUUCAGAUCCAAUUACUUCUGCAAUGGCAUUCCGUUUAUUGCGUGUCAAUGGAUACGAUGUCUCUUCAGAUCAGUUAAGUCAAUAUGCUGAAGAAGAUCAUUUCUUCAAUUCUCUUGGAGGAUAUCUGAAAGACAUUAGUGCUGUCUUAGAGCUAUUCAGAGCCUCAGAAAUUAUUAUACAUCCAGAUGAAUAUAUUCUCGAGAAGCAGAACUUGUGGACAAGUCAAUUUUUAGAAAAUGAAGUAUCCAAUGGUUCAGUUUCUAAAAAUAGAUUCAGCAAAUAUAUUAUCCAAGAGGUUGAUAAUGCUCUUAAAAUUCCCUAUCAUGCAAAUUUGGACAGCUUGGCACACAGGAGAAAAAUUGAACAUUAUAGUACAGAUAGUACAAGGAUUCUAAAAACUUCAUAUUGUUCCCCGAAUAUCAGUAAUGAAUAUUUCUUAAAACUGGCUUUCGAAGACUUCAGUAUCCGCCAGUCAACAUACCAGGAAGAGCUCAAACUCCUUGCAAGCUGGGUUGAGGAGAAAAGAUUGGACAAGCUCAAAUUUGCCCGGCAGAAGCUGGCUUAUUGUUACUUCUCUGCUGCUGCAACCCUGUUGACUCCUGAAUUAUCCAAUGCUCGGAUAUCUUGGGCCAAAAAUGGUGUUCUUACCACUGUGGUUGAUGACUUCUUUGAUGUUGGAGGUUCGAAAGAGGAAUUGGUUAACCUUAUCCACUUGAUUGAGAAGUGGGAUGAGAAUGUUGCUGAUGAUUGUUGUUCAGAGCAUGUUGAGAUCAUAUUUUCAGCUCUUCAUAGUACAAUCUUGGAUAUCGAAGACGCAUCUGCAUGUCAGAAGUAUGAUGUGACAAAUCACAUUAUCAAUAUUUGGUUGGACUUGCUGAAGUCCAUGUUGCAGGAAGCUGAGUGGCAGAUAAACAAGUCUGUCCCUACUCUUGAUGAAUACAUGAUAAACGGAUAUGUAUCAUUUGCAUUGGGACCAAUCGUCCUCCCAGCUGUCUACUUUGUUGGGCCUAGUGUUUCGGAGAAGGUUGUUAAAAGUGAUGAGUUCAAUAAUCUAUACAAGCUCAUGAGCACUUGCGGUCGUCUUCACAAUGACAUUCAUAGCUUUAAGAGAGAAUCAAGUGAAGGAAAAUUGAAUGCUGUAUCAUUAUACAUGAUGCAUCAUAGCGGCACUCUUAAUGAAGAAGAAGCCAUAAGAAAAAUGAAGAGCGAUAUCGUGCAUAACAGGAGACAGCUUUUAAGAUUAGUUUUGCAGGAAGAUAGUAUCGUUCCGAGAGCUUGCAAGGAUUUGUUUUGGAAAAUGUGCAAAAUUGUGCACAUGUUUUACAUCAAGGAUGAUGGCUUCACCUCACAUGACAUGAUGAAUGUGGUGAAUGCAGUAAUUCAAGAACCCAUUUCUCUCAGUGAAUUUUGACUUGUGAUUAAUCUGUAUGUUUGUAUAUAUUGAUCUGCACAGCAAACUGGCUGUCCCAUUGGCAGCCAAGUUAUAUGGUUUUUCAUGAGAUGAACUCUGUUGUCCAUGGAAUAAAAUUGUCUUGUAUUGCAUAUUGUUAA